AGGAGCCGAUGUAAUAAUAAGAAAUAAAUAUAUAUACAAAACUAUCUUUUAUCACUAGUAGAAAAAUUUACAUCAAUCCCUUACUACCUUUAUUACCUUUACUAUCAAUUACUAAAGUUUUUUUUAAGUGUUCAGUGUUUAAAGUGUGUUUUUCGAAGUGAAGUGGGUUUGCCAAUAUUUACCAGUGUUGUGUGGUUCAUUUUAUCUAUUGAUGGGAAUUAAGUUUAAAAGUGCGUUUGUUGUUGUUUUUGAGGUGAAAAUGUGUGGUGUUUUGUGAUAAAAAGUUCUGCUAAAAGCUAAAGACAACAUGUAUCCGUCGCCUGCGAGGCACCAAGCGCCGGUCGGGUAUGCCCAGAGCCGACAUUUAGUGGCGAGAGCCCUUAGCAAAAUUAAUAAUGGCUCAGAGGCGGACUCCGACGAAGUUAUGAAAGGGGGUCCGCCUGCACAGCCUCCUCUAAAAUUUACGAUCUCGGACACUUUGGAAAGGAUCAAAGAGGAGUUCAACUUCCUGCAGGCGCAAUACCACACAUUAAAAAUGGAGUGUGAAAAAUUAGCAAAUGAAAAGACUGAAAUGCAACGGCAUUAUGUAAUGUAUUAUGAGAUGUCCUAUGGCCUUAAUGUGGAAAUGCAUAAACAAACCGAAAUAGCAAAACGUCUAAGCGGUUUAUUAGGACAAGUUCUGCCUUAUUUGACGCAGGAACAUCAGCAGCCAGUUGCUGCUGCAGUAGAAAGGGCGAAGCAAGUUACUAUGCCGGAAUUGAAUGCCAUAAUUGGGCAACAGCAACAACAGGGUUUACAACAAUUAAUACAACAAAUCCAUGCCCAGCAGCAAAUUCCGGGCGCAGGUCACGCGGCGGCUCAUCCUUUGGCUGGUUUGGCGGCUUUCGGAGGCGCCAUGGUCCCUGGAGGCCCCUUAGGGCCACUCGGGCCCUUGGUAGGGGCUCCUCCGACCGGAGGGCCGCCUCAGGGGAUGCUGGGAGCGCCUCACGUGAAGCGAGAGGAAAGGGUCGAUCGCGACCGGGAAAGGGACAGGGAGAGGGAACGGGAACGGGAGCGAGAGAGAGAGCGCGAUCGGGGCGAGAGGGACGAGAAACCUGUUAUUGAUGAUAGACUGCGGAAUUCAAUUUCACCUGGUGAUAGUAAUAAGUAUAGAAGAUCCCCACAUGAAUUAGAAUCUGAUUCCAAGAGAAGGAAAGAGGAUAAACAUGACAGUGAUGGUGAAAAGAGCGACCAAGAUUUAGUAGUUGAUGUAGCUAAUGAGGAGUCAGCUUCUCCAAGACCAAAUGGAGACAUACCACUAGAUGCCAGAGAUGGAAUGAAUGGUCUUAGUCGUGAUAAAAAUUUAGAUGAAAGAAGUAAAACUAGUGAUAGACCUCCUUCGAGAUCUGGAAGCAGCUCGUCGAGGUCGACGCCUUCAUUAAAAGUCAAAGAGGAGAAACCAGGAACGCCAAUAAACAAACCUCGCACACCAACACCAGGAAGUGCAAAAAGUGGCAGCGGAUCUUACCCUCCAUAUCAACGCCCUGGAGAAAACCCUUACCAAUCGCCUUAUCACCAGGGCAGACCUUUGCCCUACGACAUGACCAGGAAUAACGGCAUGGCGAUUCCUCCAGGAAAAGCGGCCUAUUCCUUCCACAUGAACGGCGACGGUCUGCAGCCUGUUCCCUUUCCACCAGACGCCUUACUAGGACCUGGUAUACCACGUCAUGCAAGACAAUUGAGCACUUUGGCACAUGGUGAAGUGGUAUGUGCGGUUACCAUCUCGAAUCCCACAAAAUAUGUGUAUACCGGUGGUAAAGGUUGCGUUAAAGUCUGGGACAUCUCGCAACCAGGGUGCAAGACGCCUGUUAGUCAACUGGACUGCCUGCAACGUGAUAAUUAUAUUAGAUCCGUCAAACUUUUACCCGAUGGUCGAACACUGAUCGUCGGCGGAGAGGCUUCUAAUUUAUCAAUUUGGGACUUGGCAAGUCCCACGCCCAGGAUUAAGGCCGAAUUGACCUCAUCUGCACCAGCCUGCUAUGCCUUGGCCAUAAGUCCAGAUUCUAAAGUUUGUUUUAGUUGUUGUAGUGAUGGAAAUAUAGCAG